AUGAACUUCCUUCGCCGCAGAGGUCAAUCCGUCGAGGAGGAUGUGCCCGCCACACCGGAUGAGAGAACCAAGUUGCGCAAGCCGCCAAACACAGCGUUCAGACAGCAGCGGUUGAAGGCGUGGCAGCCGUUGCUCACGCCCAAGAUCGUGAUCCCGUUGCUUGUGCUUCUCGCGGUUGUCUUUAUCCCCUUGGGGCUCGUGCUUGUGUACUACAGCAGCCGCGUACAGAACUUGAUUGUCGACUACUCCAAGUGCGGUACGCUCGGGGGCGCCGACUAUUCCGUGGUUCCCGCGAAAUACUUUAGCUACAACUAUCACAAAUCCAACCCGGAUAUAAACGAGACACCGCAGUGGCUGGUCUCAAAUGCCACCGACUCGUUUGGCGACGUGAUAUCUACGUGCCACGUAAAGUUUGACUUACCAAACGAUAUUGAGCCGCCGUUUUUCCUCUACUACAAGCUCACCAACUUCUACCAAAACCACAGAUCGUACGUGCAAUCAUUCGACUUGUCACAGCUUAAGGGUGAGGCCGUCAGUAUGGGCUCCCUCACCGACCACUGCAAGCCGUUAAAGAACUCCUCUGACGGGAAGAUUGUGUAUCCGUGUGGAUUGAUCGCCAACUCUUUGUUCAACGACACGUUUUCGCACCUCACAUUGUUGAAUCCGGCAGGGGGUGAAAGCAACAUGACGUAUACGAUGUCUCGCAAUGGCAUUUCGUGGUCGUCUGACCGCCACUCCAAGUUCAAGAAGACAACCUACAACGCUAGCCAGAUCGCACCACCACCGAACUGGUACAAGCGCUUUCCCGAAGGAUACACCGAAGAAAACCUCCCGAACCUUGCGCAUUGGGAGCACCUCCAAAACUGGAUGCGCACUGCGGGGUUGCCCAGUUUCUACAAGUUGUACUCUCGCAACACCACCGCCACGUUAUCCAGCGGGACGUACUCGGUGGACAUUGAGAUGAACUACCCGGUGUCUAUUUUUGGGGGCACAAAGUCGAUAGUGAUUACUACGUCGUCGAUCAUUGGGGGACGCAACUUGAGCUUGGGGAUUGUGUAUAUCGUCGUGGGAGGGUUAUCUUUGGUGUGUGCGAUUGGCUUUAUGGUGCAGCAUUUGGUGAAGCCGCGGAAGCUCGGGGACCCGAGCAGUUACUUUGCGGGGGAGAAUGUUAGGGAGCAGCUCUAA